AUGCGUUCAAUUUUAGUUUUGGCCAUCAUCUGCAGCUUCUUGGUAGCCAUGACUCUGGCUGAUAAUGAACAUGAUGAGAGCAAUGUGCGUGCGAAACGUCAAUUUGGAUAUGGUGGCUUAGGAGGAUUUGGUGGAGGUUAUGGCGGUUAUGGUGGAUAUGGCGGAUACCGUGGUGGUUACGGUAGAUAUGGCGGUUUAGGCGGAUUUGGUGGCUUAGGCGGAUUCGGAGGCGGUUAUGGUGGCAGUUAUAGAUAUGGUGGUUAUGGAUUCAGACGUGGUGGUUUCGGUGGAUUCUAUGGUUAA